AUGGGCCUCUGGGAAUCUUCCUUAGCGUGCCCUAACCCGGGCGACAGUCCAUACACCGACUUAUUGUCGUUUGCUUUCCAAGGUCCCGUCGAGUACGAUCAAUCACGCCCAUUGUUCAUCGAUGCCGAAAACCCCUCGCGUUCGCUCAAUGCGAGUCAGUUCCGGCUGCUGGUGCGAACUUUGAUUGCCGGGUUGAAGGCCCAUCAUGUGCAGCGCGGUGAUUGUGUGCUGGUCCACUUGGGGAAUAAUAUCAUAUACCCCGCAUUGUUUUUCAGCAUUAUCGGGGCCGGCGGCGUGUUCAUGGGAUCCAAUGCGCGCAGCCAACCGCAGGAAUUAGAUCAUAUCCUGACGCUGGCGGAGCCCAAGCUGAUCAUCACCUCGCCCGAUGCGCUCUCCACGGUUCUGGAUGUGUCCGCCGAUCAUGGUAUGCUCCCUAAUCAGGUGUGCGUGCUGGAUGAUGUAGCCACCGAUCACAUCGCACACUUGGUCCUGGGCGGCUCCCUGCCGAGCUAUGGCCCCGUCAACGGGCCCUACAUGCCGGACAGCGGGGUCGGCUGCCAUCUGAAUCUCGCCCACCUUCUCGGGUACGGGGAGAAUGACUGGGUUGCCUUCGACGACGAGGCAAUUGCCACGUCGACACCGGCCGCCCUGUUCUCGACGAGCGGGACGGGUGGUCUGCCUAAGGCAGCAAUCCUGUCGCACCACGCCAUUGUCUCCCACAACCGGAGCAUCCACUACGAGGUGCCCUACGAGGUCAGUCGGCUGAUGUCGCUGCCCAUGUUUCACCUGUUCGGGGCGCUGUGGACGCACAUCUUCCCGGUGCGCUACGGGCAACCCCUGUUCGUGCUGCCGCGGUUCGACACGGCGCAGUAUCUGGCAGCGAUAUACCACUACCAGAUCACCGAGGCGUACAUGGUGCCAGCGAUGAUCCACACGCUCAACCGGAGCGUGUUGCCGGUGGCCGACUACCUGGGGUCGCUCCGGUACGUCGGAGUGGCCGGGGCGCCCAUUGAUGGGGCGUCGAUACAGCGAUUCAACCAGUUUCUGGGCGAGUCGGCGCUCGCGUCGCAGCUCUGGGGUAUGACGGAGGUAGGAGUGAUCUUCCAGAAUCGGUACGGGGAGCGGGGGCAUCCUGGGAGCAUUGGCCGGCGACUACCAGGAUACGAGGUGCGGCUGGUCGGGCAGGAUGGCAAUCUCGUGGAGGGGGAGAAUAGCCCCGGGGAGCUCUAUGUCCGAGGAGCGGGGCUCCUGAUGGGCUACAAGGGCCGGAACGACGCCAAGGACGCGCACGGGUGGUUUCGAACGGGGGAUGUGGCGUACUUGAAUAAUGGGCUGUACUAUAUUGUGGGGCGGACCAAGGAGUUGAUCAAAGUACGAGGAUGGCAAGUCGCACCGGCGGAGCUGGAGGCAGUACUGUUGAAGCACCCUGGGAUUGAAGAUGCCGCCGUAACUGGGGUGACGUCUAAGGAUGGCAGCACGGAGGUGCCACGAGCGUUCGUGGUGCGGACGCGGGGGGUGACCGGGGCGCGACUGACGGCGGAGGAGGUGUACCUGUUCUCGCGCCGCCAGCUGGCGAGCUACAAGGCGCUCGACGGGGGUAUCAUCUUCGUGGAGGAGAUUCCUCGGACGGCGAGUGGCAAGAUCCAGCGGUUCAAACUGUCGCAGAUGAACACGUACCGGGAGAUAGUGAGCUCGCUAUUGGCGCGAUUCAAGGGGGCGGGAUUACAGACGCUGGGGUUGAUGCAUAAGGGACGAAUCAGCGUGUGA